CCUUCCUGAAGAGCUCGAACCAUCUCCAUCAUCGACCAUGGAUUUUAACAAGCCGCUACCCAAGACACCUCCAGAACAGCAGAAGACCCCUUCUACCGGGCACAAAGCCACCAACGACUCCGGACAGACCGGUAGAUCGCCGAAACAAGUAAAGAACUUAACAGCAAUAGUGCCGGAGCCGAGCCCAAAGUACGAGCGGGUGAGCACUAGAUCACCCCCGAAACUACCACACACCUGGAAGUACGCUAUUAUUACGGAUUCAUCCUUUGAAGAGGCACUUGAUGCAGUUGUACAUAAAUUAGAAGCCCUGGACGACGCCGCCGCUACCGCCAAAGUGCCCAUUCUGUCGUCAGCCACGCCGCCUCAUGCCAAGCAGCCAUCGCGUGAUCCACCUAAGAUAAGCAUCACGGAGCCGACGCCAGAGGCAGAGGAACAAGCGCGAGUUGGGCUCAAUACUUCUGUUGAGGACUCGCCUAGUCCUGCUCAACCUGGCAAUCCACUCUUCUCGUUGAAUGCUCCCGAUAGCGUUGUUAAGGCGGCAGCAAAAGUGUUGCUGGAAGACCAGGCUGGAGGGAACGAGUCAGACUGGGAAGACCAGCCAAAAGCGCCGGCAAAAUGUAAGGAGCUUCCGCUUCCUCCUCACGAGCCGUUUGUGGAUCAACGAGACCGCGAUAUUUGCGACAGAGACGUUCUCAAGGGGCUCCGGCUGGCCAUAGAGGCGGCGUGCGAUGAGGAGUUCGACGCAUGGAUUCGAAACCAGACGGGCCUCCGGCUGCGGCGGUUUUUGGCUGAUCUCAAAGGAUUCGAAGGGCUACAAAGAGACGCUGAGGCUAUCGCUGAGGCCGAGGAGGCAGCGAUUAGAGCGGCAGCCCAGGAUUACCAGCCGGCGCGGAGGCGGAGGGCGGAACAGAGAAGGCAGGCCGCUAUCGGUAGGCAUAUUGAUGGAAAGGAUAUGAAAAAGGGUGUUUGUUAA